CAAAAACUGAAUAAGUCAUCUUCAAUAAAGUCUGCAAGGGCUCUCCUCUUCUUCCAAAAACUGAAUACGUCGUCUUCAACAAAGUUUGCAAGACCUCUCCAAUCCCUACAAAAUGCCAGAAAUCAAAUCCGUUGCAAUUGCUGGUGGUUCAGGUACACUUGGCCGUCACGUCCUUAAAGCUUUUCUCGAAGCAGACUUUGAGGUCACGCUUCUCACACGUACUGCAAAGGCAGAUGGCUAUGAUCCCAAAGUCAAAGUCCAAGUAGUAGACUUCACCUCCAUUGAAUCUCUGACCGCCGCUCUCAAGGGUAUUGAUGCCGUGGUAUCCACCGUUGCCGUCGAAGCCCAGGACAGUCAACACUUACUCAUCGAUGCCUCUGUCGCCGCUGGAGUGAAGAGAUUCAUCCCAUCGGAGUUCGGAUCCUGCACCACCAGUCCCGAAGUCGCAUCUCUCCCUUUCUACAGUCCCGUGGUCGAGACUCGAAAGCAUUUGCAGAAACAAUGCGAGAUAGGCAACUUGACUUGGACUGUCCUUGCAUGCGGCGGCUUCAUAGAAUUCUUGAUUGGACAACCAGCGUUGGUAGACUUGGUCAACCACAAAGCGACGUUGUUGGACGGGGGCGACAACAGGGCUAGCUCUACUUCCCUGCCCAACAUCGCAAAAGCUAUCGCAGUGAUCUUGAAGAAAUUCGACGCCACGAAGAACAAGGUGUUGAAGGUUUCGGAGGUGAUAUUGACCCAGAAUCGGAUCUUGGCAAUUGCGAAAAAGUUGAAACCUGAAAUCGAGUGGGAUAUUACCAAUGUGGAGUCGCAGGCAUUGCUGAAGGAGGCUUUGGCAGAACUUGCUGCUGGGAAGUUUGAUAUGCCAGUGAUCAUGAAGCUGUUGAAAGGCACAGCAUUGGGUGGCGAUCGCUACGGAGGUGCCUAUGACAAGACGGACAACGAGCUUCUUGGUAUCAAGGAGUUGACGGAAGAGCAGCUGACAGCACUUAUUGCUGCGAAGCUCGCAUGAAGUGGGCUUUGGG